ACAUUCCCUGCCUUGGAGACAUUGGAUAUUGAUGGACUAACAAUGAUAACAGAGAUAUGGGAUAGGAAAUUACUUCCAUCAGACUCUUUUCGACAGUUGAGAGACGUGACCAUCGGGAGCUGUGAGAAAUUGGUGAAUGUCGGUUCGUCCAAUAUGCCUCGACAAUUACCGAAACUAGAACGACUUGAGGUUAGUCAUUGUCGAGAGCUGAAAGUAAUAGUAUUGAAGAAUGGGGGGGAAGAAGAAGAAAACAACUAUAAUACCAAUUCGUUCCUUCAAUUAACGAGUUUGAUACUUGAAGAUUUGCAGAGCCUCAAAAGCUUUUUCACCUAUAGAUCAGAAACACAAUCCCUCUUCACUAGCCAGGUUACAUUCCCUUCCUUGGAGAGAUUGCAAAUUAAAAGACUAACAAAGAUAACAGAGAUAUGGGAUAGGAAAUUACUUCCAUCAGACUCUUUUCGAUAGUUGAGAGACGUGACCAUCGGGAGCUGUGAGAAAUUGGUGAAUGUCGGUUCGUCCAAUAUGCCUCGACAAUUACCGAAACUAGAACGACUUGAGGUUCGUGAAUGUCGAGAGCUAAAAGUAAUAGUAUUGAAGAAUGGGGGGGAAGAAGAAGAAAACAACAAUAAUACCAAUUCGUUCCUUCAAUUAACGAGUUUGACACUUGAAGAUUUGCAGAGCCUCAAAAGCUUUUUCACCUAUAGAUCUGAAACACAAUCCCUCUUCACUAGCCAGGUUGCUUUCCCAGUCUUGGAGUAUUUGAAAAUUCGGAAAUUGCCUACCAUAAUAGAGAUAUGGGACAAGCAAUUACUCAUCGCUUCAGAAAAAGAAUCAAAGUCCUUCUGCCAAUUGAAAGGUAUGACGGUUUCUGAUUGUGAGAAAUUGGAGCAUGUGGUUCAGUUCAAUAUGCUCCCACGAUUGCAAAAUCUGAACAUAUUCAGGGAAGAUAAUUGUCCAAAGGUGGAAGUGGUAGUCUCAGAGAAAGAAAAAGAAGAAGGAACCACCAAUAAUGAUAUCAUUGUGUUCUCUCAAUUAACAACUCUUAAUCUUUAUAAUUUGGUGAGCCUUAAAAGUUUCUACAACUGGUCUACAAGAUCUGAAGCACAACCCUUGUUCAACCACCAGGUUUCUUUUCCAAGGUUGGAGACAUUAAUUCUCAAUAAUUGUGUAAACUCAAGAGAGAUACAUCCUUGGAAUGUUCAGGCUGGCAAAAUAAGUUUAAAAUUCUUGGACGUAGCGAAUCUGAACAAAUUAAUUGUGAGAAAUUGUAGUGAGGUGGCAGAGGUUUUUCAACUUGAGGGGCUAAAUGUUGGAGAAGGACAACAUGUUAGGCCAUUAAUUGAAGUAAGAAUGAUGGAAUUGGAUGCAUUACCUAAGUUGACAUGUUUGUGGAACAAGGAUCCCCAUGGAAUUCUAGGCCUUCAAAUCCUACAAUACCUAACAAUUAAGAAAUGUUCCCUCUUGAGAAAUCUAUUCACAUGUUCCACAGCCAUGGCUCUUCAACAACUUAAAGUACUUUAUUUGGAGUCUUGUCCAGUGAUGGAAGAAGUUAUUGCAGCAACAGAGGAUGGGCUCAAGGAAGUGAUUGAUGAUGUGAUUGGAUUCCCAAAGUUGGAGUGGCUAAUACUAAAAGAUCUACCAAACCUCAAUAGUUUUUGUAAUGCGAAAUAUAAUUUUAAUUUGCCAUCAUUACACAGAGUUGUUUUGGAGAGGUGUCCGAAUAUGCACAACUUUACUUUUGGACAAGUACGCAUGUCACAGAUAUUUGUAAGUACACAUGGCUAUGAUGGCCUUCAAAUAGAAGAUCUCAAUAAGUAUUUAAAGGAACGACUUCUUUUGAAAGGAGAGGAAUGCGCAACCGUGGAUAAAAAUGAUCACUACGGUGACGAAGGACAGUUCUCCAACCUUGAACGGCUAUCGGAGUAAAGUAAGUUGAUCAUCCUUUAUUAUUAAUAUAUAUGCAUAAAUUUCAUAAUAUUUAUAGGAAAUUUUAUAAUAAACACGUUAAACGUCCAGUUAUGAUUUAUCAGCUGAAUAUAAUAAGUUGAUCCUCCUUUAUUAAAAUAAAAAAUAAAAAAAGGGCAAAUUAUGAUGGUGGUCCCUAUAUUUUACUUCUUGUGUCAUUUUGGUCUCUACACUUUCAAUUAACUCAAUUUUAAUUCCUAAUUUUAAAUUUUAUUUUAAUUUGUCCAAUUAAUAAUAUUGUUUGUUUUUUUAAGGAAAAUUAUCACUAAAUUGAUUGAGGUUAACUAACUCAGUUGAAUAAGUUUAUAAUUUUACCCUUAAAAAUAUGGCACGUGACACGUACAUUCUUAUUUUUUACAAAAAAAAAUGCUAAGAGCUGUAAUCAAUUGGAUUAAAUUGAAACAAAAUCAUAAAUUCAGGGUGAAAAUCAAGCUAAUUGAAAGUACAAAGACUAAAAUGACACAAGGGGUAAAGUAUAGGGACUACUGUCGUAAUUUGUCCAAUAUAUAUAUAUAGAGAGAGAGUAAUGCUACCAUAUACAAGUU